AUGGGUAGCACUGAAAGUACUGCGACUUCCGGCAAGGUUUUCUCACCACCAAGUUGGAGGCCUAAUGACCGGAAAUCUAAAAAAGAAAAUGUUUCAAGCUUUCGUUUAUAUACCAUUGAAAUGAAGAUGAAGAUGGACCGUCAUCUAGAACUGCUUGAACAAGGAAAUUUGAAGGUCGAGAACAACAAAGAAAGAGGGGAAAAAAGUAAUAAGAGAAGACGAGGCGUCGAGAAAAAUGGUUGUGGAGAAUGGCCUGUUAUUAUUGUUGAUUCAGACAAUGAUGAAGGGGACAAAAAAGGUAAGGAGGGUGUUGGUGCAGAGGAGAAAAAAGAGGACGUUGAAGAAGAAGAUAAUAGUGAGGAAGACGAAGAGACUGAUGAAAGUACUGAAAGUGAUCUGAAUUCUAACUCAAGAACUGAAUCUGAGAAAGAAGGUGUUGCUGAUUUAGAUGAAGAAAUGGAAUCAAGUGGUGAUAGUUAUAAAGAGGAUGAUGAUGACAACAUUGGUGCAGGCUCUUCUUUUGGGAACAAUGAAGAAGGAAAUCUAGAGACAAGUGAAGAUUCUUCAAUGUUUCGAUCAUAUGGACUACUUGAAUUAGGUAGUGAUCCUGAUCUUGGCGACUAUUCUGAUGGUGAUAAUGGCAGUAGUUUUGAUUCUGAUUAUAAAGUAAUUCCUGGUCGAUUUUAUCAUGUUCUUGCUAUUGAAGGUGAAGAAUGA